GUAUGGGCUUCAGUGGGCAUUUGAUCAAGGAUAUAUGUCUCUUGUGGUUUUUACUGAUUCCUAUCUUCUGGUCUCCCUGCUUCGAGGGGAGGGGCAAGGUUAUAUCGCUUAUAUAUGGCUCAUUCGGAGGAUUUUACAAUUUGCCUCUAGGUUCCAGGUUUGCAAUAUUCAUAAGGCGGCUCGCCAGCGCGUCCACAGAGCUCAUCUAAUUGCUGAAGAAGCGGCGGUUAACUCUAUUUGCUUUAGUAUUAAUAUGUAAUUUCUUGUUUGUAUCCUUUGUCAAAAAAAAAACUUGCUUUUCUUAAGUAAAAAAAAAUGUCCAAAUCUAAUUAUAGAAGCUAACCAUACUUUCUGAAAUUAAUAAUGAUUAAAAAAAACAUCCCAAUUCCCAUAAAUGAAUAUCGUACAUCAUAUACAUGUACAUAAUAUUCCUCCUUUCAUAGAUUUAAAAGAAUCAUAUAAUACUCUUUCAGCCUUAUAUUAACAUAGAAAACAAAAUUAACCUUAUAUUAACUAAAAAUAGCAUAAAAUGACUUGAUAGUACUCGAUCAUACACUCACGCCAAAACAGGGCUAGGCUUUCACACACUACAAAUUUCAACAAAACAUAGCAAAUUUCAGCAAAGCAGUGCAGAGUAGAGCAGCUUUAAAGAACAGGGUCUCACCCCAUUACAUACCUCCUCUUUCUUCCUCACUAACUCCACCCUUUCUUACCCAAAAUAAAAUAUUCAUUAUUAAUUAAAUCAAAAACAUAAACAAAAACAAAAAUUCCAAAUUAAGUAUUAAACUCCUUCAUUUAAAUCCCUCACCUUCCCCCAACCCCUCUCUCAAAACCCCUCCUACGCUCUCUUUCUAUCUCUACUUUCUCUCUCCUCUCCACUACAACAACAAUGAUACGCCGGAAAUUACUAGACUACAACACCGGAAACGGCGGAGGUACACAUUCCGGCGGAAGUGACGUCAGCCCUAGCAUCCUCAUCACAGUUCUAAUCCUCGCAAUCGCCGUCAUUUUAUCAGCUUCUCUCUACCUCCUCCUCCGCUUCCUCCGCCGUCACCGUAACACCAACGCAGCCACGUCAUCAUCAACUACCGUAAACCACCCUCAUUCUCUCUCCACUCGCCGCGUAUCUCCGACAAACCCACUUCUCGACGCUCUCCCAUUAGUCACUUUCGACGCAUUAAAAUCCACCGGAGACUGCGCCGUAUGUUUGUCCAAAUUCGAGGAGAAAGACCUCCUCCGUCUCCUCCCAAUCUGCUGCCACGUGUUCCACGCUGAUUGCAUCGACACGUGGCUAACAUCCAACCAAUCAUGCCCUCUUUGCCGGUCACCAGUCUUCCUACCAGACUCCAACGAUGAUCCUCUAUCUCUCUCCUCCUCCUCGCAAAACUCUCGAAGCUUCCGCGUCGAAAUCGGAAACGUCAGUCAACGAAACUCCGCCGAACUCCCCGUCAGAAGAACCUACUCCCUCGGCGGUAACUUCGACUACAUCGCCAACGAUGACGACGUCGUUUUGGAGAUUCACUCCGGCUCAUUCCGACGGAAUUCAUCAACGACAGAGUUUAAAGUCGAUGACCACUACCCGUCCUCGGCGUUAGCGGCUGAGGUAGGGACACGUGGCGGGAGUAUUAUUGGAGGUGGAUGGUUGAAGGAUUACCUGUCACAUUCUCUCUCCUCGUCGUUUCGUGGGUCUGGGAGAUGGUUUUUUACAGGGAGUAGUAGGAGAGAGACUACGACUACGACGACGACGAUGCCUGAGUUUGAUGAAGUGGACAACCGAGGUAUUGAUGAGUUGGACUUGGAAGCGAGUCGACUCGGUGAUGAAAUCGGUGAGUUGUUUAGAUGGUUGUCAGGGGUAUAAUGGUCAUUUCAGCUCUGUAGAUCCGGUGGUUUUGUUACUGUAAUUUUUACAAAUUUUUUGGUGUAUAGAUAUAUGGAAAAAAAAAAAAAA